CGUUGCGAAACCGCUGCGCUGCUCCAGGCGCGAGGCGACGCCGCGUUAGUCGCGCGCUCCCAUUCCCCCCCCCCCCAAGUCAGUCAAUCGAUCAAUCCAUCAAUCCAGGCGGCGUCGGACUAGACAUCCAGCGUGAUGUGGGGCUCGUAGAGCGCAGACUUUUCUCGAGCGACAGCGACCGACUCUCCGUUCGCGUCGCGAUCAUCAUGUCGUCGGCGAAGAUCGAGAGUAAGAGCGAUUCCCAUCGUUCCCAUCUCUCCUCAUUCACCACGAAGCUUAAGGUCAAGUUCCACUCGCCGAAAACCAAGCGGUCGCCUUCACAGAAAAUUGCUAAACCUCAGACGGACCAUGGGGAGAAGACGCCAGAGAAACUUGUUAAAAAGAACUUAAGCCAUUUGGAGGAGCAGGAGAAGGAGGUGGUCAGCACACUCCAUUACUUCAAGAUAAUUGCGGACAAGAUGGUGGUGGACCAGAAGGUUCUGGAGAUGCUGCCAGGUUCAGCGAGCAAAGUUCUUGAGGCUGUCCUCCCUCUCGUUCAUGUGGAUUCAAAGAUGCAGCAGAGUUCAGCCGUGACCUCAAGCCAAAGCCGUGUGUAUCAGAGCCUGGCCAACCUCAUCCGCUGGUCUGACACGGUGAUGAUUAACAGUGUCACUCUGGAGGACAAGGAGUCUGUGACAUCAGUUAAAACUCUGAUAAAGGCAGUGCUGGACAGCGUGAAGGACCUGGUGAAACUUCUAAUGGAGAAGAAGGAGCACCCAUCACCUGUCAGUGCAACACCACCUAUCCCCAAGUCAGGAAGGGUUAAUGCAGAGGCGUGUCUCUAUGAGACUAAGAAGGAGACCCUAACCACGUCUACUGAGAACCAGAGCAAGACCAAGCACGUUGAGGUCCUAACAGACAAAGCAGAUGAGGAAAUGGCACCACCCAAACCGCCCCUCCCUACGCUGCAGUUACCUGAAGACAGCCCACCGAUUCUGCCUCCCAAACAACGGCAUUCGGUCUCCUCGCCCACCAAGAUUGUUGUGCUGCCUAUUAAUCGGGAUUUCACAGGAUGCAGCCUCCCACUCACCUUCAACAAGCAGGACUGUGGCCUUGACUCCCUGCAGCGGCGUUUCUCCAGCGGCAGCCGUUCCUUGUGUGGGGAUUCGCCCCACCUAUCCCCUUCCAGCAGCCUUGGGAAGCUCAGUCACUCUGCUGAACAUUUGUCCUCCCUGGAUCUGGACAGCGGACGGUGGUCUCGCAACACCAGCUCCGAGACAGUAGACUGCAUAGAAAACAAUGACCCUGACUAUGACUUCCUGCACCAGGACCUAUCGAGUGAAGACCAUCCCUUUGGCAUACACAUCGGGGGUGGGCUCAGCCCUCUACCGGAGUUCUGUAAUGACUCUUCACCCCUGGGUCACGGCCAGUUGGCGCAGCCUUGGACUUGCUCUCCCUCUAGCACGUUCAGCUCGCAGUGUCCUCCAGAGCGAUGUCGCUCUCUGGUUCCCGAGGGACCCGACACCAAACCCCCUGCCCUGCCGGAGAAGAAACGACGGAGCACACCUGGACCAAUCACCUCUCCCUCCGACAGCCAUGCUGCUUACGUGCGACACAAGUCUCAGUAUGACAAUGUCCCAGAGACAGAUGUGCAGCUCAUGAUUUCCUGCCCUGGCAUUAUGUCACCGUCGUCCGACAGCAGCCCGUUCACAUCAAGCGUUUCUGGAAGUCCGCCCCCUCUCCCUGAGAAGAGAAAUCGCCACAUCCAGGCCUACAUGCAGUUCGUGGAGGACUAUUCCGAGCCCCAGCCUUCCGUCUUCUACCGGACGCCCCUCAGCGACAAUAUCUACGAGCAGCGCAACAAGCGCCUCCAGGAAGCGUACGGCUUCAGCGAUUCCAUCUGCAGCAGCGACUCGGUGCUGGAGCUGCACUCCGCCCCUACCCUGCCGCCCAAACAGAAGCAGCUGGACCCGUCGCAGACCAUGGAUGAUGCACUUCAAGACCCCACGGCACAGAACGUCCCCUCCGGUAGCAAAGAGGCCUCAGACAUGCAAAGGAAACGGCCGUCUACGGAUUCUGGGCAAAGUGAGGAGGAGGUCGAUGAGCUCUGUCUUGAGGAUCACGAGGAGAUCCUGUCCCGUAUAAUGCUAAAGAAGGAGAAUGACGACGGUCCAGAUGUUCGCGCCGGCUCUGCUGAUAUUCUGCUAGUUCAUGCCACUGAAACUGACCACAAAGAUAUUGUUUUAUUCUGUGAAGCCUUCCUGUCUACCUACAGGACGUUUAUAACUCCUGAAGACCUCAUAAAAAAGCUACAUUAUCGAUACUCCACUUUCUGCCACAGCUCAGACACCUUCAAGAGGAGAAUCAGUAAGAACACCUUCUUUGUGCUCGUGCGUGUGGUCGAUGAGCUCUGCCCGAUGGAGCUGACGGAUGACAUCCUCAAACAUCUGAUGGAUCUCGUGUUCCAGCUCGUGUGUUACGGCGAGCUCAGCCUGGCCCGUGUUCUGCGUAAGAACAUCCUGGAGAAGAUGCAGCAGAAGAAGCAGCUGCGUUAUAGCAGCCUUUUCAAACCGCUCUCCGCACGCGGGGUGGCUGCCAGGCCAGGAACUCUGCACGACUUCCGCAGCCACGAGAUUGCCGAACAGCUCACCCUCCUGGAUGCGGAGCUCUUCUACAAGAUAGAGAUUCCGGAGGUGUUGCUCUGGGCCAAGGAGCAGAAUGAAGAGAAGAGUCCCAAUCUGACCGAGUUCACGGAGCACUUUAACAACAUGUCCUACUGGGUGCGCUCCUUAAUAAUACUCCAGGAGAAGGCCCAGGACAGAGAAAGGCUGGUCCUCAAGUUCAUUAAAAUCAUGAAGCACUUAAGAAAGUUAAAUAAUUUCAACUCGUAUUUGGCUAUAUUGUCUGCCCUGGAUUCGGCCCCAAUAAGGAGACUGGAAUGGCAAAAGCAAACCUCUGAGGGGCUGGAAGAGUACUGCAUGCUGAUUGACAGUUCAUCCUCUUUUCGGACUUACCGGGCGGCACUGGCAGAUGUGGAAGCUCCAUGCAUUCCCUACCUAGGCCUCAUCUUGCAGGACUUGACAUUUGUUCACCUGGGGAAUCCAGACUUUGUUGAUAGGAAGGUGAACUUCUCUAAACGAUGGCAGCAGUUCAACAUCCUGGACAGCAUGCGACGCUUCCAGCAGGUGCACUACGAAAUUGACCGCGACGACGACAUCAUCUCCUUCUUCAACGACUUCAGCGACCACCUUGCGGAGGAGGCCUUGUGGGAACUCUCUCUGAAGAUAAAGCCUCGCAAUGUCACACGCUGCAGAGUGGAGGCGGAGGAUAACGCAUAGGAACGAGAACUGUUUUUGCAGACAAAAUCCUCAGAGUCACAAAGAUAUUAAAUGUAAACAUGUAGCUGUAGCAUGAAGACUUAUAGAUUAUAUAGAUAUAUUUUGAGCAUUUUGUGGACUUUUUUACCUUGGUCAUUUUGGACUGUGCCAAGCUGGGCUUGUUGACUUUGGAGAAGAGAAGAGUGGGCGGGAAGCCGUGUUCGAGUGUGUGACCUGGCGACAGCCUGUUUACUGUUCCCAGCACACACACAUUGUCUGAAACCACUUGUCCCGAGUGCGGUCACGGCGAAUCGGAGCCUAA